UCCUUUUAUAAAAGUCUAAAAUGUUAUGCCCUCCGUGUUGUGGCAGUUAUUCCUCAUUCAGACUGUAGCUAAAAAUUACCAGCUUUGAUUCCAGCCCAGGAUAUUAGUGAGUUUAGUUUUAUGAAUCUGGAAAACUACAGUAUACUACACGGAAAAUAACACUGUCAUGAUGUUAGCAAAAAUGCAAUCACACCAACGUGGGUGCUGUUACACCAUUGCAGACUGGGGAAGUAGUUGUUGCAACAUGCUCAUUCGCUCAUACACUGACUGUUAUGUAGCAAAUGAGUAGAAAUCAUUAACCUACUGAACCAUAUAAAAUGACUUAUCCUCUGCUUUGUCCUUCCAUUUCGGUGUCCACUUGUGAGGAUGUCAGUCUAUGUUUCUGCUCUGUAUUGAAGCGAGGGCGUGCCAAGUCAGUAUAAUGAAUCUGUCAGACAUUUAUCUGCCACAAAGCCAACUUGUGUUUGACUGUGAGAGAGCAGCGGUUUGGAUUGCGCAGUGUAUCCCUCUCUCCCUCACCACCGCAUGGCCUGUAAUACUCCAUAUGGCCUGGUGACGUCUGUGUUUCCUAAUCUCUCUCUCCCUCUCUCUUCCCCCCUGAGGCUUUAUAGGCAGCAGUGAGAAGUCAGAUUUCUGCAUUCACACACAGACAACACAUCUGUGACUCUUUUCUGACGUAGAGAAAACACUUGGCUUCAAAUCGCUGACGGCUAACUUAUCUGUUGAGGUGACGCUAGAAUUAAAAGGAGAGACUCAGGACAUUUUAUUGAAGUGGACAGUGAUGGAGACUAUGGUGUGUCCGAUGGGUGGAGGAGCCACCCGACUGUACAGAACCCUGACUCAGACCCUCAGCAGCACCGGUUCUCCUUUGCCCCUCCCUCCCUCACACCUGGACCCUCACCAGCCUGCAAACACAAACCUGGAUCCAGAUUUCUGCCAGGAGCAGACGGGGUCUCCUUUGUGUCCCCCUGAUCCAGUGGAGCUGCUUCGACGGUGUCAGGAGGCCCUCAGGGAUCGACCACCUCGCUUCCACAGGAAGCUCAUCUGUCUGAGCGAUGGGGACGGCGCCUCCAGCAGCCCCAUCAGGGUGAUGCAGUGGAACAUACUAGCCCAAGCUCUGGGCGAAGGACUUGACAGUUUUGUCCAGUGUCCCCUGGAGGCCCUCAGUUGGUCCCGAAGAAAGUACCUCAUCUUGGAGGAGAUCCUCACCUACCGACCUCACAUCUUGUGCCUACAGGAAGUCGACCACUACUAUGACACCUUCCAGCCAGUCCUGGCAGGCUUGGGCUACAGCAGCCACUUCUGCCCCAAACCCUGGUCUCCCUGCCUGGAUGUGGAGGGCAACAAUGGCCCCGACGGCUGCGCGCUGUUCUUUGACCAGUCACGAUUCGAGCUCCUGGACAGCGUGAACAUUCGACUCUCCGCCAUAAGGAUUCCAACCAAUCAAGUUGCCGUAGUGACCACGUUGCGAUGUCGGACCACAGGCAGGUGUUUGUGCGUGGCCGUGACCCACCUGAAGGCUCGUUCUGGCUGGGAGUGGCUCCGCAGCGCUCAGGGUUCGGAUCUCCUUCGCCACCUGCAGAAUCUGGUUCAGAAACACUCCAGUGGACCUGCAGGUGAACCAAAAACAAACAUUCCUCUGCUCAUAUGUGGGGAUUUUAACGCAGUGCCAUCAGAGGAGGUGUACCGGCGGUUCUCCACUUCACCUCUCGGUUUGGACUCGGCCUACAAGAAACUCAGCCAAGACGGUUUGACGGAGCCGGAGUACACGACGUGGAAGAUUCGGCCUACGGGAGAAUGUUGUUCCACUCUGGACUACAUCUGGUACAGUCAGGACACGCUGCGAGUGGACGCUGUUCUGGAUAUGCCCACUGAGGAGGAAAUCGGACCAAACAGGCUCCCAUCCUUCAGCUAUCCAUCCGAUCAUCUCUCUCUGGUUUGUGACUUCAGCUUUAAAGAGAAGGACUGAGAAGGAGGCGAAGAAUCAAAACACGAGAAGUGAUGAUGCUGUGGAGUCGAGUUUGGAUCCUGGUGCGAGUCACUCCACAAGAAGGCAACCAGACGGGAAGCCACGUGAAACGGUGAAGAGAAAGACAGGAGGCCGAGAUACUGGAGUGGACAGUUUAAUAAUGGUGACUGGACUUAAGAGUCAGAUGAUUUAAGACACUAAAUUUACGGAGAUACACUCUGUAUCAACUACCUUCCUCAUACUACAUGAGUGUUUUCUGCACCAAGUUACCUACUUCCUUCUAAACUCAAACUGCACACAGAUGUACUUUUUUGUUAUGAGUUUAAAAUCAUCCUAAAAUCAAACUAUAGUCAGUGUUUGCUUCACACUGCCAAUGUACUACAGAUUGUAAAUAAAGUGUUUUUGCUUGA